CCUCCCUCCUCCCCCGCCUGUCCAGGGGCGGCACUGCGGGCUGGGAAGCCGGGACCAGAGGAGGGAAGGAAGGAAGGAAGAGAAGAGAGGAGAGAGGGGAGGAGAAAGGAAGGAAGGAGAAGACGGAGAGAAGAGGGGUCUGGAGGGGCACAGGAGGAGACGACCGCACUCGCGCAACAGCAUCCACAGGCCACAGUGGGGACCGGUGCUGCCUCCGCCGCUCCUCGGAUGGUGACGGGGCCUCGCCGCGGCUGCAGCCCCCUUGAGCCCCGGCUCCGCAGGCCCACAGCGCCGGAGCCCCGCAGGAAUCAUGCCCAGGUCCUUCCUGGUCAAGAAGGUCAAACUUGACACGUUUUCUUCGGCAGACCUCGACAGCUCCUACGGGCGUGCCCGCAGCGACCUCGGAGCACGACUGCACGAUAAAGGAUACCUCAGCGACUACGUGGGGCCAGCGUCCGUCUACGAUGGCGACGCGGAGGCGGCGCUGCUCAAAGGGCCGUCCCCGGAGCCCAUGUACGCUGCGGCUGUGCGGGGAGAGCUGGGGCCGGCGGCCUCAGGCUCGGCGCCACCGCCCACCCCGCGCCCGGAGCUGGCCACCGCCGCGGGCGGGUACAUUAACGGCGACGCGGCGGUCAGCGAGGGCUACGCAGCCGACGCCUUCUUCAUCACCGACGGGCGCUCGCGGCGCAAGGCCUCCCAAGCCAACGCGGCCGCCGCCCCCUCCACUGCUUCAGCAGCGGCACAAGUGCGGCGUGUGCGGCAAGGCCUUCUCCAGGCCCUGGUUGCUACAGGGGCACAUGCGCUCGCACACCGGCGAGAAGCCCUUCGGCUGCGCACACUGCGGCAAGGCCUUCGCCGACCGCUCCAACCUGCGCGCGCACAUGCAGACGCACUCGGCCUUCAAGCACUUCCAGUGCAAGCGCUGCAAGAAGAGCUUCGCCCUCAAGUCCUAUCUCAACAAGCACUAUGAGUCGGCCUGCUUCAAGGGCGGCGCGGGCGGCGCAGGCGGCCCCGCACCCCCCGCGCCGCCGCAGCUCAGUCCUGUGCAGGCCUAGGGCGGCGGGCCAGCCGGGUCGGCUCACAGCAAUACGGGCCCCCAGGGAAGUCUCCGCCGGCAUCCGGGCGGAGGGGCCGGAGGGCGGGCCCCUCCUCACAGCAAUAGGGGGAGGGAGCCUGCCUCACCCUGCUCCGCUCGCCAGGGGCCUUGCCAGCCCCUUCAAGCAAUAGGGUCCCGAGGGGGACCCACCCCGAACCCCCUUCCCUCUCCUCCAGGGUGCCCCAGGCUUUCUCCCAGCAAUAGGGUCGGCCAGACCCAGAACCGAACCUCAUCUCUCAGUUGGGUCUCUGAAGAUGGGGGUGGGGUGAGGUAGGGAAGGUCCACCUCCCUCCUUUGCGCCCCUGGACCGCGCUGCAGAGACUCAGGUCUUCCCCACCCCUUCCCAAGCCUUCCAGGCUGGGCCUUAGGCCCACACUUUCAGGGGGUCAACACCUCCUCGGCAGCAGGUCGGGGAGGAGCCACAGAGGGAAUGGCUACAGAGGCGUCCUGCCCCAUCGGCUUCGCAGACCUCCCAGCUGUGUUCGACGCGUUGGGUACGGGGGAAAGGGGCGGACGGCGGCACCUUCUCCCUCGAGUUCUUUCUGGGGCCUCAGUCUGAGCCGCCCUCCUACCCUUCCUCGCAUCCUCUGCCAAAUCCGAAUUCUUCCAGCCCAGCUUCCCAGGUUCUGUCCUCCAUAACGAAUAAUAACGACGCAUAUCGAAUCGCAUGGACUUAUCCGACCUACUCAGAUCCCUCUUCCUUCGGCCCCGGGGCCCCCUCCCUCUUACCCCGGGCUUUCGGUGUUGGAGGACGGAUACCCGGGCCGGCAGCGAGGCGUGCUCUGCCCUCUAUACACCUCUGUAUUCGCUUUGCGGGUAAAGCCCCCUGGGGGGGGUGCGGACGCGUCGGGUUUCUUUCUUUCUGUAUUUGUACGUUUUAUUUAUGAACGGAUUGCACUCGGGUCAGGGAGGGGGCGCCGAACCCUUCCUUCCCGCCGACGCCGGGGGCCUGGGAGGUCCAGGAUCACUUCUCCGCCCCGGAGCCGCGCCCCUAGCUGGGCUCUGCCUCCUGGGAGCCUCGGAUCCCGCCUCCCUAAGGCCGGCCACCUCCCCCUCCUCCGAGGCCCAGGCCCCGCCCCACUAGGUUGCCAACUUUCGCCCGUCUAUGCCAAAGCCUCGGCGGCGACCCCGCCCAAGGGCCCGCCCCAUUGGCCGCCGCCUUUGUGACGUCACUGCAUGCAGCCCCAUCCCUCCUCCCAACCCUUCCCGGGGCUGCCCGCUCCCUUUCCCUCUUAGUUAGUCCGAUGCCGACUAUAGAGCAAUAAUGCGCACUGCAUGCGAAGCUGCCGCAGCCUCUAGAGUUACUGAGAAUCAGGUAUCCCCCGCCCUCCCCACCCUAUAGGACCCUAGAUCAGGGAUGCUGCGCGGGGCCGGCCGCGCAGACUUUCUUAACCCCCCUUCCCGCUCCCCACGGCAGAGCCCAGCGGGCGGGCAUCGUGGUUCCAGGGGCGGGGGCAGGGUGGUUGCACCCAAGGCUCCUCCGUCAGUCGUCCAUCACUCACCGAUCGUCCAUUGGGCAUUUAUUACGUGCCAGGCCCUUUGCUGAGUCCGCCAGAAACACAGAGACCUUUGGGGAAGUGUAUGUCCACUGCAGAGGCCCAAUGGGCUUGGGUGGGCUAGGGGCAGACGCAGAUGCAGAGCGCCUGAUCCCUGGGCCCAUGGCCCCUUCUCCCCACCUCAGUUCGGCUCCAUGUUGGGUACCUUCAGGCUCUGCCUUUAACUUGGGCCUUGCGUCUCCAGCUCAGGUGGCUCAGACCCAGGGCCUCAGGGCCCAGCUUUACCAGGGCAGCCCGUACAGGCGCCCACCCGUUGAUUCCCUGGCAAGCACGGUUCUGCUGCCAGUGGACAGGGUGCAAGCUGGAGUAUAUGAUGUGGCCAGCCUCUUCCCCAGCACCAGGGUUGGUUGCCCCAAACCCCCUCAGCCACCAGGUGUGGUGCCUGCAUCGUUUUCCAGCCGGGGCCUGCCUGCCUGUGCCGCAUGCACAAGCUCACACAGGCGCCUCACGUUGCCCCACUCUGCACCUCUGUCUCCCUAAGGAGAAGGCCAGAAGGUCGUUGGCCCACCAGGCUCUCCUGCUUCCCCCACACCCUGCUGCCGUGGAAAGCCAUGGGCCCCCUCCCGCCCCCAUAACUAAGCAGCACAAUAACCGACUUAGUGAAUUCAGGUAGAAGGAACGUUUAGGUAGCACCUAUUUUGUACUGAUUCUACAAGUAGGGCCCGAGGUGCGGGGCCCUCGGGUGGGGGCUGUGGCCGCCGGCCCGCCCCGCCCCCACCCCCGCCUGCGCCCCGCCGCCUUGUACAUAUUCCUGCCCGGAACAGGCCGGGAUUUUUACUCGGGCCGAGCCCUUCUUCCGCCCCCGUUUGGGGCCGGGCCGGCCGGACAGACGGACGGACGGACGACAGACCUCCUUCCUAAGCACAAUAGCACCAGCUCCCCGGAGCGCCGCACCUCCACAAGGAGAAUAAAUGCCACUCUUGAUAGAA